AUAAUUAUAUUUAACAAAAAAAAUACAUGGUUAGAUUAGAAAAACUAGCUUGGGAACAAUUAGCAAACAUAAAAGCCUUAGGAAGAGAUAGAAAAAUCGGAUCUCCAUCCAAAUGGUACAACGUAAAUCGUACCGACUGGUUAUUAACAGCUGGAAACAUAAUUAUUAACUAAGGUAUAACAUCAAGAAUAAUAAGUUUUCUCCUUCCCAUAAUUUCCAGAUUUACAUAUAGAUAUAGUUUAGAUAUUCAUCAUUAAAGAGGUAUGACACUUGAAGACACAUACCUAUUUACUGACAGAGAAUUAAGAAGAGAUUAUCUCUUUGAAACAUUAGCAAGAUAGAAUUUACAUCCAUACACUUACUUAUUCAUGAGAAAAAGAAGAGCAAGAUAUUUUAAAGUAGAAAGAGGUGUCCGUGGAUUUUUCGUCCCUGAUUGGGUUCGUAAAGAGGCUGAAGAUAGAGAAUUCGACAAAACUGCCGAGAAUAUAUUUACAUGGACCAAUUUCGUGUAUAAUAAUUAUAUGAGUGACAUGACUCCUGCAGGUAGAUGGAGUCAUCUUUAAAAGAUUAACCCUUUGGACUUAUUUACUUGUCACGGAUUAUUCAGGGUAGAUGCUUGGGAUAGAUAUUUCUUCAAUGAAGUAUAUUAUAGUGGAUAUACUUAAUAAGAAAUUUAAGAGGCUAAAAAUCCACUUUCUAGAUUCGAUUUCACUACUGCCGAAGGAAGAUAGGAAUUCGAAGAAUUCGUUAAUAGAUUUGGGGAAUUAUUCCCUUUUACAAUUACUAAGCCUGGGUAAAAAUUCGAUUUUAAUACUUUUUAUGCUAGAGAGGCAUUAAUUAAUCAAAGAGAUGUUUCAGGAUUUGAUUAAAGUCUUAUUGAUAAUCUUAAAAAUGAAUUAUCAUAAUUACCUUAAUAGGAAGUUGAUAGUGGAAAAAAUAAAACAUAAAAACUCAAAAGUAGAUUACCAGAUUGGGUUUUACCUAAAGCUGGAUAAGCUCUUUAAUGAAAAUAAAAUUUUUUGGUAUUUUUUUAUUUUACAUUAAUAUUUUAUUAAAUACUUAAAUAUUAUUUUAUUUUUUAUUAGAAAAUAUGUUUAUUUUUUUAAAUUUUUUUUUUUAA